CUUAAGGAGGAGAAAUUUGAUUCAUCUGAAGGACAUUGAUUAAUCCAAGAAAGGGCAGGCGAAUGGAGGGUACAAAUCUCAAGCUCUCGUUUAUUGUGGAUUUGGGGUUCACAGAUCCUGUUCUUGAGGCUGAAGCAGGCUUAUUAUUUGAAGAUGAGUUCAACUCUGAAAAUGCGGAUGAUGAAAAGUUACUUCAUGGUAGGCUGUUGCUUUGAAAGUUGGUCACAAAUGCAAAGUCUGUUGGAAAAACCAAAUUCCCCUAUACUGGUGGAAGUGAUAGCAGAGUUGGAGAAGAGGAAAAUUUGGAGGGUGAUGGCAAUCAGACAGAUUACUUCAGCUCAAGCGAUGAAGGAAGUUACAAAACAGGUUCUGAUGAGGAAGAAGACACUGUAAGAGCAAAAUCUAGAUUUCCAAGCUUCAAAGCAGAUGACAAACCGGACUUUUAUUUGGGAAUGAGUUUUGAGUCCAAAGAUGAGGUAAAAGAUGCCAUGAACAAAUACUCUGUAACAAAAAGGUAUCCAUACUAUUGGGCAAAAAACUGUGCCAACAUGCUUAGGGCGAAAUGUUCUAAUUUGAACAAGACUUGCACAUGGAUGGCCUACUUCUCCAUUGACAACAGAAGUACUAGUAAGAAGUGGGUGCUAAAGACACUGAAUAUGGACCAUACCUGCAAUCCUGGUUGGCAGAUUCCAAGUGCCACAACUAAGUGGUUAGUCAAAAACUUUUUCAACACUAAGACAUGUGUAUCUGACAUGAAGGUAGCUGCCAUGAAAGAGAUGGUUAUGAGAGAACUACAGUGUGAUGUAUCUUUGGAGCAAAUGAAGAAAGCCAAGUCUAUGAUAAGAAAGUUGGAAAAGGGAGACAUUCUGGAAGAGUACAAGAAUUUGAAGGAUUACAAGGCUGAAAUCCUUAGGUCCAAUGAAGGGAACACUUGCAUUCUACACUUACAGCAGCCCACACCUGUGUUUGAGCGAAUUUAUGUUUGUUUUGAAGCCUGCAAAAGGGGAUUCUUGGAGGGUUGUAGAAGGCUUAUUGGCAUAGAUGGGGCAUUUUUAAAGUCAGAAGUGAAGGGUGAAAUCCUAACAGCUGUGGCAAGGGAUGCAAACAAUCAAAUGUUCCCUAUUGCAUGGGCUGUUGUGGGUUCUGAGUCCAAAGCCACAUGGAAAUGGUUUCUUGAGAAUCUAAGAGAUGAUUUAGCUAUUGGAAGAGGAAAUGGGUGGGCUUUCGUUUCAGACCAACAAAAGGGAUUAAUGCCUGCUUUGUAUGAAACUUUACCUGAAGUUGAGCAUAGAAGAUGUGCCAGGCACAUUUAUGCCAUAUGGAGAAGAACCCAUCCAAGUAUAGAGUUGCAAAGACAAUUUUGGGUCUGUUGCAAGUUUGCCUCCAAGAGAGAGUUUGAAAGAAAUUUGGAGGUCUUAAAGUCUCUUUCUGAAAUGGGGAGGCCAAAGAAGAAUAGAAUCAAAGAACUAGGAGAGUUCCCUAGGACCGGAAAGUUACCCAAGAGGGGUACAAACAUAACUUGUCAGCUAUGCUUCAAAAAAGACCACAACAAAAAAGGAUGUCCAUCAAAAGAUCAAAUAUUGCAAGGGACCACUACCUUUGUUGAUGACCAGGAAGAUGGAACUGCAAACCCACCUGAGAAUAAUACUUUAGAUGAGGAAAACAACACUGGCAAUGGAGGUUCAGAGCCAUCUAAUGCAGGUCCAAGUACAUUGGAAGCCUACUUUACUGACAAGCAACCUACACAGAACACAUCCACUGAUGGAGUUUUUCAAUGGAGGGGACAGAAUUGUACAACUGCAUUUGGUUUGGAGAAAAUGAGGGCAAGGAAUGAGAAGGAAAGGAACGUGAAAGCUAAAAAUCUAAGAAAAAGAACUCCUAAGGAGGUGGAAGUACAUGACAAUCCAACAGGUGCAAGAGAGGUUCCAUGCCUUAUUUGACUCCAUGGAAGAGAAUGAGGGGAAUUAGUGUGUAGGAUGCGUAGCUUUUUUGGAAGAUCCUACUGCCUUUUUUGCAUAUACCAUGGUGGUGUGUAGGAUCAGUAACUUUUUUUGGGAUGUAUAUGGGCUUAAAUGGUUCACUUGCAAGUUGUUUUGUGUAGUUAAGACUUGCAAGUGUUUAGUGUAGUUAACACUUUCAUAUUAAGUACUCUAUGUAGUUACACCUUUGGUUUUGGUACAAUGAUUGUGGUGUGUGUGUGCCACUCAUGGUUGUAGCAAAAGCUUACUACUAACUCUAUGAAGCUAAGAACAAUAUUCAUGGUUUCAUGAUAAUGGUCUGAGGUCAUUU